AUGGUACAGGAUUCGGAUGGCUCAAUAUCCGGUAUCAUACUCGGAUGCUCUGUAGCUAUCGUGUCAUCGGCCAUUCAGUCUCUAGGUAUUACAUUGCAAAGAAAAUCACAUUUAUUAACUCACAGUAUUGGUCAUAGUCAUCAUCAUCAUCAGAGACAUAAGAGGAAUAUGUGGUUUUUGGGAUUUAUGUUGUUUAUAAUUGCUAACAUUUUUGGAUCUUUGAUUCAGUUAACUACGCUCCCUUUGAUAAUUUUGUCACCGUUGCAGAGCAUAGGACUCAUAUUUAACGCAAUUUUAAGUUGUCUUUUAUUGCCAGGUGAAAAGUUCACCAAAAAGUUGGCUAUAGGAACGUUGGUCAUAGCGAAUGGAGCAUUUAUAGUAGCACUCAAUGGUAAUGUGGAUCCAUUACCCGAAGAUGACGAUAAAAACAAGGAAUUUAAAUUAAUAUUAGAAAAGCUCACCCGCAAGGCAUUUCUUGGGUGGUUUAUGACCACUUAUGUUGUUAUUGCAGUAUUAAUUCUCUUGAAUUUAGUAAUAUCACGCAGAAAACAGAAUUUGAAAAGACUAAGAAAGAGAAGGAGUAGAUUACAAACUACAUUACUUUCCAGAUAUCAGUUUACAAUGGGAAUUAAUUACGGUUUAAUAGCAGGUACUUUAACCGCUCAUACAUUUUUAUUUGCCAAAUCAUUGAUUGAUGUGGUCAUAGAAAUAAUCCUACGUGAUAAACACAAUUUCAAAAAUAUAUUUCAAUCAAGCAAUUUCACCCCGUACUUGUUACUAAUUAUAAUGCUAGCAAUUAUUGCAUGUCAACUAACAGCAUUUAAUUUAGGCUUGUCACAAAUUUCAACUUCAAUAUUAUAUCCAUUAUGCUUCUUGGUCUUUAACUUCGUUAAUCUUAUUAAUGACUUAGUUUUCAAUUCAUUACUUUCUGACCACAGAAUGACAUAUGGGCAAUUGUCAAUGGUUAUAUUUGGGUUGAUGGGGGUAUUAAUAGGUGUCGUAAUCAUAAGUUGUGACUCGACGUAUGGGGAUAGCGGUAAAGAUGAUAUUAAUAACUUGAAAUUUCCUUAUAACGAGAAUUCUACUUUAUUGAGUCCUUCUACUUACAGUUUACAUACUAUAGAGAGUUCAACCAUGUCGUACGAACAAACUCAAUUAAUAAACCUGCUUGGAAUAUAG